AUCGACCUGUGGUAUAUUUUGUAAAUUUUUCAAUCCUCACCAAAACAGAAAGCAUCGAUAGUUCUGCGGAAUAGCUUUUUGUUUUAUCAUCAUCACCAUCAAAAACCAAUUAAACGAUCAUCUCAUCUCAUCUUAAUUCAAUCUAUCAUCAACUAUAUCAAUCAUGUCUGGACAAACCGAGACCUUUGGCUUCCAAGCCGAGAUCACUCAAUUGCUCGAUCUCAUCAUCAACACCUUUUACUCCAACAAAGAAAUCUUCUUGAGAGAAUUGAUUUCCAACUCUUCUGAUGCCCUCGACAAAAUCCGAUAUGCCUCUCUUACCGAUCCUACUCAACUUGACUCUCAAAAAGAUUUCUUCAUCAGAAUCACUCCUAACAAGGAAAACAAGACUUUGACUAUCGAGGAUUCUGGUAUUGGUAUGACCAAGGCCGACUUGGUCAACAACCUUGGUACCAUCGCCAAGUCCGGAACCAAGGCUUUCAUGGAGGCUCUCUCCAGUGGAGCUGACAUCAGUAUGAUUGGUCAAUUUGGUGUCGGUUUCUACUCCGCCUACCUCGUUGCCGAUCGUGUCACCGUCAUCACCAAGCACAAUGACGAUGAGCAAUACAUCUGGGAAUCCGCUGCCGGAGGAACUUUCACCAUCACUCCUGACCCAGCUGGUGCAACCCUCGGUCGUGGAACUCGAAUGAUCCUCCACCUCAAGGAAGACCAAAUGGAAUACAUUGAGGAGAAGCGAAUCAAGGACAUUGUCAAGAAACACUCCGAAUUCAUCUCCUACCCCAUUCAACUUGUUGUCACCACCGAGGAAGAGAAGGAGGUUGAGGACGAAGACGUAGAGGAAGUAGCUGAGGGUUCAGAAUCUAAGGAGGCCAAGGUUGAAGAACUUGACGAGGAUGCUGACAAGAAGAAGAAAAUGAAGAAGGUCAAGGAAAUGGUCACCAAGGAGGAAGAACUCAACAAGACCAAACCCAUCUGGACCCGAAACCCUCAAGACAUCAACCAAGAGGAAUAUGCCUCAUUCUACAAGUCACUCACCAACGACUGGGAAGAUCACUUGUCUGUUAAACACUUCUCUGUUGAAGGUCAACUCGAAUUCAAGGCCAUUCUCUACGUUCCCAAGAGAGCUCCCUUUGACUUGUUCGAGAGCAAGAAGAAGAGGAACAACAUCAAGUUGUAUGUUCGACGAGUCUUCAUCAUGGAUGACUGUGAAGACUUGAUUCCAGAAUACCUCAACUUUGUCAAAGGUAUCGUCGACUCUGAAGAUUUACCUUUGAACAUUUCUCGUGAAACCCUUCAACAAAACAAGAUCCUCAAGGUCAUCCGAAAGAACUUGGUCAAGAAGGCUAUGGACAUGUUCACUGAGAUCGCCGAGGACAAAGACAACUUUGCUAAAUUCUACGAAGCCUUUGGCAAGAACUUGAAAUUGGGUAUCCACGAAGAUCAACAGAACCGAUCCAAAUUGGCCGAGUUCUUGAGAUUCCACUCAACCAAGAGCGGGGAUGAACUCACCAGCUUCAAAGACUACAUCACUCGCAUGCCCGAAAUCCAGAAGAACAUCUACUACUUGACCGGUGAAUCUCUUGCCGCCACCCGUGACUCACCUUUCCUUGAAGUCUUCAAGAAGAAGUCAUUCGAGGUCUUACUCAUGGUUGACCCCAUUGACGAAUACGCUGUCACCCAGUUGAAAGAAUUCGAGGGCAAGAAACUCGUCUGUGUGUCGAAGGAAGGUCUCGAGCUUGAAGAAACCGACGAAGAGAAGGCCGCUCGUGAGGAGGAGGUCAAAGCCUUUGAAAACCUUUGCAAGGUUAUGAAGGACAACCUCGGUGACAAGGUUGAGAAAGUUCAAGUUUCUAACCGUAUCAACCAAUCUCCUUGUGUUCUUGUCACUGGUCAAUUCGGUUGGAGUUCCAACAUGGAGCGUAUCAUGAAGGCUCAAGCUCUCCGAGACUCUAGUAUGUCAAGCUACAUGCAGUCCAAGAAGACUUUGGAAAUCAACCCUCACAAUGCUAUCAUCAAGGAGUUGAAGAACAAGGUCCAGGAAGACGCUUCUGACAAGACUGCUCGUGACUUGAGUGUACUUCUCUUCGAGACUGCUCUCCUGACCUCUGGAUUCACCCUCGAUGCCCCACAACACUUUGCUGAACGUAUCCACCGAAUGAUCUCACUCGGACUCUCAAUUGACGUCUCAGAAGAAGUUGAGGCUACUGCUUCAGGUUCAGGAUCGAAAGAAGAUGACAUGCCCGCCCUCGAGCCUACCCCUGCAUCCGCCAUGGAAGAGGUUGACUAAACAAAUCGCAUAGAACACAAAAUGGAUAUUAAAAUUCAGAUACCUCUCAUUCCUUUUAUUCUUUUUUCAUGACUCACCCAAAAUAAUAAACUCUUUAUAAUGUGACUUUUAACGAUCGAAAAAAUAACACAGCCACACAGCUGAUGUCGCUCUUAACGUUUUUGCUUUGUCUUUGUUUUGUACCAUUGUUCUUUCUUUUUCCUGUUGUUGCAAAUUCAAAUUUAUGUUGAUGCAAAUGGUAACCGAUGAAUCAUGAAAGUGAAAGUUUGGUGUGCC